AUGGUGGACAUAUCUGGCACCACAGCCUAUUCAAAGACUACAGAACACGUCCCAUGCAGUACACGUGCCAAAAAAGCGUGCAGAAUCCUGGCCUACACCAUCAUUAUCGCUUUUGCCAUUACCACUUUAUUCAGCUUUGUGAAAUUAUCCGACUUUUUUGCGAAAAUACGGGUGUCGAUUCCCUACCCAAAAAUUGUGGCAAAAAGUCGAUUACAGGAAAGACAAAAGACUACGUAUUCUCCUGCCGGAGUCAUCCCCGCCACGUCCAACAAGCCUAAGGUGAUUCUGUCCUGGCCUCCCGGGCCGGGGUGGGACUUCAUGCACCUCAGAGACUGUGCUAAGCCCGUCUUUAAAUCCAUUGGCUGCAAAGUAGACAACUGCAUCUACACUGAGAAAAAGUCUUUAGCUGAUAAAAGUGACGCUAUUGUUUUCAUAGGCAGAAGUUUGGGAAGUAAACCAAAAAAAUUGCCCCAUCAACGGUGGAUAUGGGUAACCCUCGAGAGUUCGUGUCAUACCGAAGCCGCAGAAACCGGAGGUGUUUGGGCAGGGAUGUUUAACUGGACCAUCUCAUUUCGGAGAGACUCGACCUUUUUUCUUCCAUAUGGUCACGCCAAGAAACGAUCGACCCCUCUUACCAAAAUUUUCACCAAAAUUGCGCUCAAGAAAACUAAAAAGGUGGCCUGGAUGGUCAGCGACUGUGGGACACGGGGUCAACGAGAAAGAUAUGUCUCAGAACUUAAGAAAUACAUCUCAGUUGAUGUGUACGGUGCGUGUGGCCCCUUUAAGUGUUCAAAACUCGACAAUGAAAAAUGUUUGGACAUUAUUAGCAGGGACUACAAGUUUUACCUGUCCUUUGAGAAUAGUAUAUCAACAGAUUAUGUAACAGAGAAAUUUUGGAAAAUGUUCGAUCUAGACAUUGUAACGGUAACGAGAGGCCCGGCAAAUUAUUCAAGGGCUGGAAUAAAACCCGAGUGGCACAUUAAUACGAACGAUUUUAAAUCUCCCAAAGAUUUAGCAGACUAUCUGAAAUAUCUGGACAGAAAUGUCACGGCGUAUGUUAAAUAUUUAGAGUGGAAGAACCAGUAUGUUGGACUGUUCCCAAAAGCAGAUGUAUACUGUGAUUUAUGUGCCAAAUUAAACGACCCCAGUGAACCGGUGACAUGGUACCCGCCGGGACAACUGGCCAAGUGGUUUAUAGAUGGACACUGUAUUCCUCCUAAUGAUUUGAAUUUUAACUCUUAA